GCUGGGUGAUCGCAGUGUUGUAGGCGAGUGUGAUUCGUAAAUAGUUUGGUGAUUAAAUUGCGUUCCAUGUGAAACGAUAUAUUGUACUCUUGCGAGAACAUGCAAUCGCAGGCAUGUGCAAUUAGUGAUUUUGAAAUCAACAUAAAUUAUAACUGUUAAUUUCCUUCCUGGUCAAUAGUUCAACACGUUUACAUUCAGGUACGAAGGAAGCAUCUUGAUAUGGCUCGAGUUCAACUAUAUGAAAGAGAUGUGAGCGCUGUACUCAUGUCUACAAAUCUACUUGAUAUAGAUAUCCAAAAUGGGAUGAAGAUUAAGGAAGAACCUAUUGAUACACCAUCGAAUUCUGAUACAAACGAAGAUGAUACUAUAGUUAAAAAUCAUUUUAGUUUAAUUGAUCAUGAUUAUCAUCAUUAUUGGGACAAAUCAUUAUCUAACAAUGAUAAUUCAUGUCAAAGCAUGAAUGACACAAAAAACAGACAUUCAUCGAAUGGUCAUGAUGCAUAUUCAAACGACGUAACUAAUACUGUUAAUACAGAUCGUAAAAAUGUAAAAACAAAGAAAGAAAUAGAUAAUAUCUCAUCACGUUUUAAAAAACGAAAAUAUUCUAAUGAAAUUUUUAGCAAUGAAGACACUAGUGCAUUAUGUUCAGUAACCGAAAAUGUUACAGCAGAAAAAAAACAAAGCAUUACAUUACAUUGUAAGACAAAAAUACCACAUAAGAAAAAAUUAAAAAAGGAAGAAUUUCCAUGUGACAUAUGUUUUAGAAAAUUUCCCUGUCUUCAACAUCAGAAACUACAUAAACAAUAUUACGAACUUGAUAAAAGUAAUAAGUGCAGGGCUUGUAAUAAAUAUUUCGUAGCUAGUGAUGAAUCAAAGUCUUGUAUGUGCUAUAUUAACAUACGUGGACAGUUAUCUUCAUACAGUUGUAAUUUUUGUAAUCGUAUUUUUAAGAAUAAAUUGCUUUUACAAUCCCACUUAUUUCACGGACAUAAUGAUUUAAUAUGUGUUAAUGACACUUUUAAACAUGAAACUUUCAAAUUCGAGAUUAUUAGCGCAAGUACAUCUCUUAAAGAUAAUAUUUUAAAAACUAAUGCAAAUGAAUCAUUAUGUUCAAAUUUUGUUCAAUCAAAAAACAUGAGUACUUCAACAGUACUUACAAAUGAUAUAAAUAAAUCUCGUGAUGGUAAUGUAAUGAAUGCUGAAGAAUCAAGAACUGCAAAAUUAUUCAAUAAUGAAAUAUCGCAAAUUAAAAGGUUACGGCAACCAACAUUAACGGAAUAUCUUGAUCUUUGCAAAAAGAAACACGAUAUUAAAUUUAAUCCAAAUAAAUUAAAUAUUAUGGAAGAUGAUUUUCCUACGUGCGCUUUGCAUCAUGAUGAUCAAAUAGAAAAACUUUCAGAAGAACAAAUUGGACAAUGUAAUUCCUCAUCUACACAAUUAGAUAGUUUUUCAAAACAAACGGUAUAUUCUAUUCAGAAACAAAGUACGAAACAUGAAACGCAUAAAAAGCCAUUUGUAAAACUACAUGCGGAUGUUGAAAUGAUGAAGUCUUUUCUGGACAAUCUUUCUGAUGCGACUAUCGAAGAUAAAAUAACUGAAGAUAAAACAAGUAAUAUUAUUUCAUAUGAUCGUGGAAUACCUUACUGUUUACGAUCUUUAAAUGGAGCCUCUUCUAUGGAAGCAAGUUCUAAUUUAAGAAUAAGGAAAAGCAAAAGAGUAUCUGAAAAGUUCCGAUUUGAUACAGAAUUUAAUAUUAACAGGAAAGAAAAUGUAAAUGAUUUAGAAAAGGUAACUUCUAAAGUGGAUUGGAAAAUUAUUAUGGCUCAGUUUAAAUGCAAGAAGUGUACAAUAUCUUUAACAAGAUGUGAUGAACAACCAAGAAAUUCUCAUCAAAUUUCUGCUUUUGAAGCUAUGAAAAACACUUGUCUUACUCCUGAAUGCAACGUUCAAGAAAAUGAUGUACAAAAUGAAGUGAAGCUAAAAAAUGUUGAGAUUUCUUUGGAACGUUUAACAGUUCCAACUGUAAAUAUAAAAGAAAAAACAUCAAAUGUCGAGGAACACAAUGACAAUGAUUUUUUGUGUAAAGUUUGUGACGAGAGAUUCCCUUCAAAAUUGGCCAAACGUAUACAUAUUAAAUCGUCUCAUAUAGCAUACAUGUCAAGCAUAUGUGGUGCACGUUAUACGCUGAAGCAUAAAUUACUUCAGCAUUAUCUACACAAACAUGUUUCUAAACAUAACCAAUGUUGUGUUUGUUAUAUGUUAUUACCUGAUUAUAAAGCGUUGAAGCAACACUUAAAUGGUCAUUGUCUGAAGUAUAUUCAACGACAGGACGAUCAAUAUUUAUUAGAUAUUGAAUUAGAAUGUAAUCUGACCAAAAAAUCUAAAGAUUUUCAUUGUGACGAGACAUUCUUGUCGCGAACAUCUUUAAAGAAACAUCAAAGUCGUACGGUACAAGAAGAAAAUCAACAAAAUUCCAUGGAAGAAGAUCAUUCAUAUUCGAAGGAUAUUUUUGAAAUAAAAACUGAGAAGACAGAUGAAAAUACACUUAUAUGUGAUGAAGUAAUUAAUUCAGAUGAUUCGUGUAAUCCGUUACAUAACGAUUAUGUAAAAAAAACGAAUGAACAUCAAAUAUCACUUCAUAGUGAAAAAGAACCGAAAAUUAAUGAAGUUAAUGGAAACAUUCUUGUUAAUAAUAACUUAAUUAAGGAGGAAAUCAAAACUGUUAACGAAUCACAACACUCUGAAAAACUUUUAAAAAAUGAUUCCAUAAAAAGUAAUCAAGAUGUCACGAAUAAGCAAAUGAGUGACAUUACAACAAAAAUUGUCAAUUUUCCUUGCGAUAUAUGUGGAAAGCAAUUUCAAACUUCCAAGAAUUUGGAGAUACAUAUACGCAGUUUUAGUGUUACCUCAGAUGUUUGUCCAUUGUGUGGCACUGGAUUUAGUUCUAAACGAUUUUUGCAAACACAUAUCACUGCAGCGCACGUACCAUAUAUUUCACAAACUUACAAUUUCCAUUGCGUAUUCUGUAACCAAGGUUUUUCUAAAAAAUAUGAUCUUCGGUCUCAUAUAUUACACUUACAUGGUCAACAAGUACUCAAUUCGCUCACGCGCGAUUCUAAUAAAAAUCAAGAGAAAUCUAACGAAUCAAUUACCCAUACCGCAAUAUGUAAUGUUUGUAAUUUGGUAUUUGAAACUCAUGAUCGCUACGUUGAGCAUCGAAUGUACUAUUACAAAAAACAUAUAUUCACAUGUUCAUUCUGUGAACAAAACUUUCAAGGAAUGUACAUGUUUCAUCAUCAUAAUAAACUUAAACAUUGUCCAGCGGAUAAACGCAAGUCGUACAAUUACAUCUGCGACAUAUGUCAUGAGGGAUUCAAUCAUGAGUCACAUUUUUAUUCACACAAUAUGCAUGUGCAUUCGAAUGAAGUGAAUUUAGUUGAGACUGCUGAAGAAUCUGAAGAUAUCAACAACAGAAGCCUGGAUUAUUCAUUCAACGUCCCAAAACAGAUUAGAAAUUGUUCUACAGAUCAAGGAAAACAAAAUGAACACUUGUCCAAUAAGUAUACUUGUCAAAUUUGUCAAAUAAAAUGUAAAAACAUGGAUCAUUUCAUAAAACACAAAGAAUUUUAUUCUAAUGAUGGCGAUUUUAAAUGUGACAAGUGUAAUAGACGAUGCAGAGCACUUGAUUUUCUUAAUCAACAUAAGAAAUUAACUCACUCUUGUUGGGAUGUUGAUAACGGACAUUUAUGUCAAAUUUGUGGCGAAAUUCUAGAAACUGCUAUUUCGUUUAUUUUACCAACUAGUCCCUUACCAACAUUAAAACGUGUUAUGCCAAAAUCUGGGAAAAGCAAUGAAAUUACAAAUCAGAAAUCUGAAUCAGUGAACAGUCAUGUCAUUGAUCAUAGUUACUCAUGCCCAUUAUGUCCGCUACAAUACCCAUCUUUGGUGUUCUUCCAUGCACAUCUCAAAUAUGCUCAUGCAGACUCCAUCGUUUCCAUUCGAACUGAUGAAUUACGAACUAAUGAACCUGUCCCACAGGUGAAUGAAUCUCAGAAAAUCUCUAUAAUAAAAUGUUUAUUGUGUCCAUGUACUUUCCCUAAUGAGACUAAGUAUAAGUGGCACUUGAGAAACUCUCAUACAUAUUAUAUAUAUAUCCCAAACUCACAGCAGACAAAAGUUAACAACGUAUGUAUUCCUCCAACACCGAUAAACAUUAACAAAAAAGGCACGGUUCUUGAAACAAUUACUAUAGAUGAUGGUGGUAAUGUUAAGAAUACAUCAAAUGAAGGAGCAGCCGAAGUUACAACACUUAAUUACAAAGAACAGAAUGAUAAAAUUGGUAAAUUAAGAGUGAAACCUCUUGCAAAACUCAUUGAAAAUUUACCUAUGGAUUCUGCAUCAAAAUUCGUAUAGAUUGAACAAAUCAUUUUUAUAUCAUAUUUGCCAUUAAAAUACAGUUAAA